AUGGCGAACACUCGCUUCGCGUACGUUAGGCAGUUCGAGCAGGAAACGACCCUGAUGCCGGACUGCUGGCCAUUAAUUCGCGUGGAUGGGCGUGGAUUCACAGGAUUCUCGAAAGUGCACGACUUCAGAAAGCCAAAUGAGCCCCUGGCUCUCGGCGUUAUAAACGCGGCGGCCGCCCAUGUGAUGGCGCAAUUUGACGAUAUCGUCCUCGCGUAUGGGCAUUCGGACGAGUACAGGAAGAUACUAUCCAGCGUUGUAUCGGCGUUCUCCGCCGCGUAUUGCUUCCACUGGAGUGCCUUCUACCCCAACCGGCCGCUGAAAACGCUGCCCACAUUCGACGGACGCAUCGUGCUAUAUCCACGUUUCGAGCAUGUGGUCGACUACUUCUCCUGGCGGCACGCUGAUUGUCACAUCAACAACCAGUACAACAUUUGCUUCUGGUGUCUAGUGGGCGACGGCAAGAGCCCGGACGAGGCAUACAAGUGGCUGAAGCAUACCCAGAAGGGGGAGAAGAACGAGUACAUAUUCAAGUCGCGGGGCAUCAACUACAACAACCUGCCGCGCAUAUUCAGGAAGGGAACAACGCUCGUACGAUUGGCCGAUCCGGAAACGAAAGACGAUACACCGCGUAAUGACGCGCAGCGUGAUGAAUCGCUGAAUAAUGUGGAAGGAUCUGAGAUCUCCCACAGCACCGAGAUGCCGGCACCACCAAAAGCUGGAGAAGCAGACGACGUUAUCGCUCCCAUAAUCGCAGAGGAGGAGUUGUUGGCAAUAUCGCACAAAUUGGAAGCUAUAUGCUCGGCAUUUCGAAUCGGAGUGCUGCAUUGCGAUAACAUCAACGACGAGUUCUGGAAGGCAGUCGCGCCUUCCUACCUCGAUAGCGGUGCACAGAACACGCGAGACCGAAUAUCGACGCUCUCUCCGUUGAGCCGGGAGAAUAUCGCAUUGCUAAAUACAGGGAAGUAG